AUGUUUAACUCGUCACCGAAAUACCAAGGCCGACAUAAGGAUAUAAAAAAGGGAAAGAAAUGGCGGAUCUUUCAGGCCACCGAUUUUCAAUCCUUGAUGUAUCCCUGCUUCACCUUCUGCCGCAUUCUCGGAAUAUUUCCAUACAAGCUCAAUGCUUCGACAUUUAAGAUUUCCGGACCGCAAUACAUUCUGUCAACCGUCAUUAUUGCCAUUUGUUGCAUCUGCACACUGAUAUCGCUGUACAAUGUUAACAUAUUUCUAACCAAUGUUAACACAUUUAUGAUCGAUAGGGUACGUAUUCCCGUAAUUCUUGAGUCUGACUGCUAUUACGUGCUCAGCGGUUUCAUAGCAGUUAUCACGUAUAUCCUAAGCGAUCCACGAAUGCGCUUACUUCAGUCUGUGCUGGAAAUCUCUUCAAGAUUAUCCCCGAAGUCGUAUCAGAAACUAUCCAAGUUGAUCCACACCAAGGAUAUCCUCGGAUUCUUUUAUCUAGUUGGGCAUGCGCCGACAUAUUACUUUGUGAUGCGUGAUGAGACUGUCUUACUCAUGACAUUCAACGUAUACAUCUAUAUGCUAGUGUUUCAGAUGGACAUGCUGUAUGUAAAUUGCGUUUGUAUAUUGAAAGCUUGUUUCGAAAGUGUCAACAACAAUCUAGCGCACAUGCAAGAAUUCGUGAUCAAGAAUGAGAAACACGUCUUCGAACUCAUCUAUCAUGAGCAGCAAAAUCCUUUUUUAUUGCUAAAGCUCACAGCUCUAAGGAAACAACAUCUUAAGAUCAUUGACACAGUACAGACGCUGAACAUGAUCUUCAGUUUACAGCUUCUUGCUACAGUAGUCAUAACCUUCUUAGAAAUAACUUACAGCUUGUAUUUCUAUGUACUAUGGUGUCAAGGGAAAUGGUUCAUGAUCAAUACGAAAAUUUAUUAUGCAUUCUUUAUUCCAUACGUGGCACAUUUCAUUAUAAAAAUAAUAUUAAUAGUAUGGGCCUGUGAGACAAAUAAAAAUCAAGCCCUGCAAAUAAACACUACCAUUUACGAUGUGUUUAACAGCACUACCAAUGAGCAAAUAAAAAACGAGGUAAUGUAA